CGCGUCGCGCAUGUAUUUUCUUUUUUUUUUUUUUACACACAAUAUAACACACACAUAUACUAAAAAAAAGAAACAAAAACAUAUUGCGUGUGCACGCAUAUAUUGUAUACAUAAAUUGGAGUGUGUGUGCUGUCAAAAUAGCAAAGCAAGUUUUUUUUUCUCGAACGUCGCGCGAUUCUUCGCACCGUCAGCGUUGCACGCAUCGAUUUUAAUGCCAAGUUUGCGUUUUUUUUAUUUUUUAUUUUUUUUGUCUUUGAUUGACGGAACGCGCGUUGGUACGGAAUUUUCGGUAUCAAUUAAUUUCGAUAAAACAAAACGUGCGAAAUCGGUGUGUGUGGGCACAUCGUCUCUCCGGUCUCUGAUCCCCAGACUCCGUCGAAUCUUAUCGCGACGAUGACCGUGAGAGAUCCGAUGACAUUUUUAAAUCCCUCUUAACGACAUAACUCUCACUUCUGACUCCUACUAUUCAAUAAUCAUCAAUUUCUUGUGUGUCUAAUUAUACACAAUUGAUUGAUCGCCGAGCAGUUAACGUCGGAGCAGUUAACAUCAUUGAGAUGGACAAUCCAUCGGGACAAAAUCAGUCGGUUAAUAACUCUUCAAAUAACAUGGGCGACAAUUCUGACACUAAGGGCAGCUGUCUGUUGCUUCGCUACGCCAGUCAGAAUUCUCUCGAUGAGAGCUCGCAGAAACAUAUUCCUCAUGAAAAUGGAAAAGACAAACCGCCGUACAGAAAUCACCAUCAUACAAAUCGAGCUUUUGAAGUUAUCAAUGAGAUGAGAAAGAAAAAUUUACUCUGCGAUGUCAUUCUGGUGGCGGACGGCGGGAUGGAAGUACCUGCUCAUAAAAUGGUUCUCGCUGCGUGUAGUCCAUACUUCUACGCUAUGUUUACAAGUUUCGAAGAACGGGAUCAGGAGAGAAUAACGUUGCAAGGUGUGGAUUAUUCGGCGUUGGAAUUGCUGGUUGAUUACGUUUAUUCCGCUGAAGUUCAUGUUUCGGAGGAAAACGUACAGGUGCUCUUGCCUGCCGCGAAUUUAUUGCAACUUACGGACGUUCGGGAUGCCUGUUGUGACUUUUUACAAGCUCAACUGCACCCGUCUAAUUGUCUCGGGAUCAGAGCUUUUGCGGAUCUGCACGGAUGUCUUGAGUUGUUGGCACACGCGGAUAGUUACAUCGAACAGCAUUUUUCAGAAGUAGUCGAUGCGGAAGAAUUCUUAACCCUGGAACCUGAGCAGGUGGCUAAGCUCAUCUGCAGCGACCGUUUAAUGGUGCCUUCUGAGGAAAAGGUGUUCGAAUGUGUGAUCUCGUGGGUGCACCACGAUCUCGAGAAAAGACAGAAAAAUUUAGCUCUCUUAAUGGAGCACGUGCGCUUGCCUCUGCUCUCUCAGGAAUAUUUAGUACAGCGCGUAGAGGAGGAACCGUUACUCAAGGCAAAUUUGCAGUGCAAAGACUUUUUGAUCGAAGCCUUGAAGUAUCAUUUGCUGAAAGGCGAACAGAAAUCGCUGUUCAAAACACCACGCACGAAACCGAGACAACCGAGAGGAUUGCCCAAGGUGUUGCUCGUUGUUGGCGGUCAAGCUCCGAAAGCAAUCAGGAGUGUCGAGUGUUACGACUUUAAGGAGGAAAAAUGGUAUCAAGUUUCUGAACUGCCAACGCGACGUUGCAGAGCUGGAUUGUGCGUUCUCGGGGGACGUGUGUACGCUGUGGGCGGAUUUAAUGGAUCGUUAAGAGUGCGAACAGUUGAUAUUUACGAUGCUGCGGCUGAUCAGUGGUUGCCCUGUCCCGAAAUGGAAGCGAGAAGAUCGACACUCGGCGUAGCCGUGCUUGGCAAUUGUGUUUACGCCGUUGGCGGUUUUGAUGGAUCGACUGGAUUAAAUUCGGCCGAGGUGUACGACCCGCGCACUCGCGAAUGGAGACCAAUAGCACGAAUGUCAACACGGCGCAGCAGCGUAGGAGUCGGCGUUGUAAAAGGAUUGCUCUAUGCCGUUGGAGGCUACGACGGAGAAUCCCGUCAGUGUCUUUCCAGCGUCGAGUGCUAUAAUCCGGAAAAAGAUCAGUGGAAACCCGUGCCUGAGAUGUCAGCGCGUCGCAGCGGCGCGGGUGUCGGUGUCCUCGAUGGUAUAUUGUACGCGGUAGGCGGUCACGAUGGUCCACUUGUUCGAAAAACUGUAGAAGCGUUUAAUCCAGACACGAACCAGUGGACCACUGUCAGCGACAUGGCACACUGUCGUCGUAACGCCGGUGUUGUGGCGCUAAACGGACUUUUGUACGUGGUGGGUGGAGACGACGGUUCCUGCAGUUUAGCGUCGGUAGAAGUUUAUUGUCCAAGAACCGAUACCUGGACCACCCUGCCUACUUGCAUGGGAGUUGGACGCAGUUACGCGGGUGUAGCGAUCAUCGACAAACCGAUGACCUCCGCUACGACGAUGUGAGGUCUGCAGUCCGCUGGGCAUAC